AUGCAGCGAAAGCGCAGGCGUAGGGAACUCAUCGAACAAAAGGGAAAUUCACUUCUUGAAGAACAUCACGUUAGUCCCGGAUCUGAUGUCGUAUCAAAAGUUCUCAUUACAAACAGCCCACAGUUUUCGCCCCGAUCGAGCCGAAAACAUGCAGAUUAUUUUCCGUUUGACUUUUUGCCGAAGCAUGUUCAAGAGAAGAUUCUCGAUUUCAUUCCGCUAAGAAACCGUGUUUGUCUGGAAAGGGUUUCUUGUACAUGGCGUCAUAUUUUGUUGGAUAGCUGGAAAAAGAUAAAAUCGGUUUCAAUUCCGGGUACACUCACUGAAUUAUUGCAACUUCGUCCGAUCAGUGAUACCCAUGUAUGCGGUCUUUUGCAUAAAUGUGGAAAAUAUCUCACUACCGUUGAUCUUUACCUUCCACAACAUUUUAUCACCGCUCAACACGUUCUCUAUACUAUGUCAAACCUCUGUAUGAGUAUAAAGUCGCUGACUCUCCGUACCGAACUUGAUGAAAUUGCGAUGACGUAUCUGCUCAAAACAUAUGUCGACUUUUUCGCACAAUUAAAAGAACUCGAGAUUUUUUAUAAUGGAACUCAUUCCAUUCAUAAUGGAUUACGUGCAAUUUCUCGUUCGAUGCAUUCGAUUGAAUCAUUUCGUCUUGAAUGCUACAGUUUGCCACUAAACAUAGCCUCUUUAUUUCCUGCCAGCAAUCAACUUAAACGUUUCGCCAUUCGUAUGAAAAAUCGGUCGGCCUUACCCUCAAUAUCAACUUCGGCUUCUCAAAUGCACGGACAUCCUCUUAUUUUGGACACUCGUGUUCACAAUUCAUUUAUCGGAGAUUUCUUUGCUUAUCUCUCGGAUGUUUAUCCGUGUUUGGAGGAAUUAGAAGUCUCCAUCUUGGCCACAUCAAUCACUAAUGAAGAUCGUUUAUGUUAUCAUCUAGCACGUAUCGGAUCACAGCGUCGAAUGAAAAAAUUAUCUCUCGGCCUCGUGACAAUUGGUCAAUGGUGGGGAUCCACAGCUCUACGUUCAAUUUCGGCUUUUCACUCGUUGAGAGAACUUUCCCUCACCGCUUGCCAAUUACCUUAUGAUUUUGCCGCAAUUAUCAACAUUGCCGGUCUAGGAGAAACCCUAACAAGCCUCCGUUUAUCAGUGAUUGGCCAUUUGGAUGCAUCACGUUUAAGAGAACUUUUUUCGACUCUUCCCCAGCUUCGUCACUUUUCCCUCAACUAUACUCCAGAAUUCCCGGCACCUCUAAACAUCGAUGUUCAUCUCUUUGUCAAUAUGUUCAUGUUUUGCUAUCGAUUGAGCUAUCUCGAACUGGUUGAAUGUCCAGGAGUUGAUCGAGUUGCCCUCGUACAAGCAUUACAUUCAGCUUUUCAUGACACAGCCCAGUACAGCAAUGAAUGUCUCGAAUAUACAGUUCGCUUGCGUAUGGUCGGUGGGUCGACAUUGGCAAAUCGACGCAAAAGGGGACUCAAAUGUUGUGCAACAGUAGACCUUCGUGCGUUUGUACAUAUCCUUUCCAUGACAUGCUUGGGAUUCAAAAAUCCCAAC